AGGGCAAGCAGCCCCAACAAAUCAGUGCUCUCUGAAACUCUGAAGGAUCCUAAAUAAAUCUGUAAUGAGAAAGUUUGCAAAAACACAAUAGAAUGCUCUGUAUGUGUCUGGAGUCUUCAUAGCCAUGCCAUGGGUAUCCUUUCUGUGCUUGCUCUGCCGUUGCUGCUCCUGGGGAUCAGUGGAAUUAUUUACAUUUACCAGUCAGUCCGGUGGCUGCUGUCCAAGUCAGCAGUGCAGAACAAGGUGGUGGUGAUCACAGAUGCCAUCUCUGGCCUGGGCAAGGAAUGUUCUCGUGUGUUUCAUGCAGGAGGAGCAAGGCUUGUGUUGUGUGGCAGGACAUGGGAGAAGUUGGAAGCUUUGUAUGAUGCCUUAAUUAGUGUGACAGACCCCAGCACGACAUAUGCCCCAAAGCUGAUUCUUCUGGAUAUCACAGACAUAAGCUGCAUCAGAGAUGUAGCCAAGGAAAUCCUGAACUGCUAUGGCUGUGUGGAUAUUCUGAUCAACAAUGCAAGCAUGAAGGUGAAAGGAGCAGUGCAGAGCAUUUCACUGGAGCUUGAUAAAAAGAUCAUGGAUGCCAACUAUUUUGGACCUAUAACAUUAACCAAAGCUAUCCUUCCUAAUAUGAUCUCAAGAAGAACUGGCCAAAUUGUUCUAAUUAAUAGCAUCCAAGGGAAAAUAGGAAUUCCAUUUCGUGCAGCUUAUGCUGCUUCCAAGCAUGCUGCUGUAGGAUUUUUUGAUUGUCUUCGAGCUGAAAUGGAGGAAUUUGAUAUUUCUGUCAGCACUGUGAAUCCAACCUUCAUCUGCUCCUACCAUCGCCAGCCAGCACCAGGCAACUGGGAGGCAUCAAUCUGGAAAUUCUUUUUCAGGAAGGUGUCCUAUGGAGUGCACCCCGUGGAGGUGGCAGAGGAGGUCCUUGCCACGGUGAGCAGGAAGAAGCAGGAGGUGCUGAUGGCCAAUCCCAUCCCCAGAGCAGCAGUUUACAUCAGAACAUUCUUCCCCGAGCUGUUUUUUGCCAUUGUUGCCUCAGGGAUUAGGGAAAGGCUGAAGACAGAAGAGGAAAGUUGAUUUUGUUCAGUUAUUUCUUUGCUUUUGACCUGAAAAAAAAGGUUUUUGUUUUGAAUGUCA